ACCGCACUCCUACGGUGGGGGAGGCGGGGUGGAGGCUGCCCGCCCCACGCCGGCCCGCAGAGACUGCGGAGGAGACUCGGAGAGGCGGGGCCGGCCGGCAGGAAGUCCCGCCCCGGAAGCGACCUCACGGAGGGCCAUGGCCGCGUCUGGGUGGCGCUGGCCCGCGAGGCUGCUUGUCGCUCUGCGGGACCUACCGGCGCACCGAGCCCUGCACGACGCGACUCCGCCACGAGACGUGUUGCUGUUCGAGCAUGAACGGGGUCGCUUCUUCACGGUCCUCGGUCUGUUCUGCGCCGGCCAGGGCGUCUUCUGGGCCUCCCUGGCCGUGGCAGCCUUGACCCGACCCCCAGCCCCCGCGCGGGCCUCGGACGCGGAUCUCCCAGGCCGCGGCCGCCUGGACGUGCGCUCCGUGCUCUGGCGCUACGGCCUGGCGGUCGGCUGUGGCGCCAUAGGUAUCUUGGUCCUUGGUGCUGGUCUUCUCUUCUCCCUCCGCUCUGUGCGUUCAGUGAUGCUACGGGCUGGAGGGAAGCAGGUGACCCUCACCACUCAUGCCCCCUUUGGCUUUGGUGCCCAUUUCACUGUUCCUUUGAACCAAGUGUCCUGCAUGGCCCACCGGGGUGAAGUCCCUGCCAUGUUGCCUCUGAAGGUCAAAGGCAGGCGCUUCUACUUCCUCUUGGACAAAACUGGCUAUUUCCCCAACACGAAACUCUUUGACAACACUGUGGGUGCCUACCGUAACUUGUGAAAAACCACCCUGGGACACUCACUCCUCCUGGAGGGGAAUAAAAACUGAACUUUAGGGAUGGGGUGACAACCAGAGUCACAUGAGAGGGCCCAAGACUCAUGAACAGCCAAUAAAAGCAUCAUCCCAAGGGCAGCUACCUGAA